GGGGCUCCUCUGGGGAGCCGGGCGCGCGGAGGGUGCCGAGGUCUCGGCGGCCAGGAGGAUGGCCAAGGUCCCGGAGCUGGAAGACACUUUGCUGAAGGCGCAGCCUUUGCCCCAGCUGUCCCCUGAAAUCCGGGAAGACUGCUGUGCGCAGCUCCUGGGCAAGGGCUUGCUCGUCUAUCCCGAGGAAAGAGCGUACCUGGCGGCUGAGUCGCAGCCCGGGGGCGAGCAGGGCAGCGGGGAGAAAGGGGAAGCCCCGGAGCUGCCGGUAGGAGUUAAAUCAGAAAUGCAUUUGCACGAUGGUAACUUUUCCUCUGAAGAAGAGGAUGCGGACAAUCACGACAGCAAAACCAAAGCAGCCGAUCAACACCUGUCUCAGAAGAAAACCAUCACGCAGAUUAUGAAGGAUAAAAAGAAGCAGACACAGCUCACGCUGCAGUGGCUUGAAGAGAAUUACAUUGUAUGUGAAGGAGUUUGCUUACCACGGUGCAUUCUUUAUGCACACUAUUUAGAUUUCUGCAGGAAAGAGAAAUUGGAGCCAGCCUGUGCGGCCACCUUUGGAAAGACAAUUCGCCAGAAAUUUCCCCUUCUAACCACACGGCGGCUUGGAACAAGAGGCCAUUCAAAGUAUCAUUACUACGGGAUUGGCAUCAAAGAGAGCAGUGCAUAUUACCACUCCGUUUAUUCUGGAAAGGGCCUAACAAGUUUUCUGAAAACUUCUAGAGGUUUGAUUUCCCCAGAAGAUGUGAAAGAACAACACAUAUCUGAACUUAGGGGUGGCUUCACUCGUAAAUAUUCGCUUAGCUCAAAGACUGGAACACUUCUUCCAGAAUUCCCCAGCGCUCAACACCUUGUGUACCAAGGAUGCAUUUCUAAGGACAAGGUUGAUACUCUCAUAAUGAUGUACAAAACUCACUGCCAGUGCAUCCUGGACAACGCAAUUAAUGGGAACUUUGAAGAGAUCCAGCAUUUCUUAUUACACUUUUGGCAAGGAAUGCCUGAUCAUCUUCUUCCCCUGCUUGAAAACCCUGUUAUCAUUGACAUUUUCUGUGUUUGUGACUCAAUUCUUUAUAAGGUUCUUACAGAUGUACUCAUUCCUGCAACAAUGCAAGAAAUGCCUGAAAGGUAUGUUCAGUUAAUGAAACAUGGUCGUUUCUUACCAGAAGCCCUAACUGACAAGAAGAUACCUAUUGUGCGAAGAUUUGUAUCUUCUCUGAAACGACAAACAUCUUUCUUACAUCUUGCUCAGAUUGCCAGACCAGCUCUCUUUGACCAGCACGUCGUGAACUCCAUGGUAUCUGACAUCGAAAGGGUUGACUUGAAUAGUAUUGGAUCUCAGGCCCUUCUUACCGUUUCAGGCAGCUCAGACACUGAAUCUGAUAUCUACACUGAACAUGACUCUAUCACUGUGUUCCAAGAACUGAAGGAUCUCCUUAAGAAGAAUGCCACCGUGGAGGCUUUUAUUGAAUGGUUGGAUACUGUGGUAGAACAGAGAGUUAUUAAGACCAGCAAACAAAAUGGAAGAUCAUUAAAGAAGAGGGCUCAAGACUUUCUGCUAAAGUGGAGCUUUUUUGGUGCUCGAGUAAUGCAUAAUCUCACCUUGAACAAUGCAUCCAGUUUUGGUUCUUUCCAUUUGAUUCGAAUGCUUCUUGAUGAAUACAUUCUCCUGGCCAUGGAGACCCAGUUUAAUAAUGACAAGGAGCAGGAAUUGCAGAAUUUAUUGGACAAGUAUAUGAAGAAUUCAGAUGCAAGUAAAGCUGCUUUCACCGCUUCUCCAAGUUCAUGCUUUCUGGCUAACCGUAAUAAAGGGAGCUUAGUUUCCAGCGACACCGUGAAGAACGAAAGCCACGUGGAGACAACCUAUCUUCCUCUGUCAUCCAAUCAGCCUGGAGGCUUAGCCCCUGCUCUGCACCCGUUCCCUGCUGGGAAUACAGACAGCAUGCCGCUCGCAGGUCAAAUGGAGCUUUCUCAGAGCACGGGCCCUCUGAUGACACCACCCAUUUCUCCAGCCAUGGCAAGCCGAGGAAGUGUCAUUAACCAAGGGCCAAUGGCAGGGAGACCCCCAAGUGUGGGCCCAGUAUUGUCAGCUCCGUCACACUGCUCGACAUACCCAGAGCCCAUUUAUCCUACUCUCCCUCAAGCCAGCCAUGACUUCUAUGGGACCAGCUCUAACUAUCAGACUGUGUUUAGGUCACAGCCCCACCCCCCAUCAGGACUCUAUCCUCAUCACACCGAGCAUGGUCGAUGCAUGGCCUGGACUGAACAGCAGCUUUCUAGAGACUUCUUUAGUGGCAGCUGUGCUGGAUCUCCAUAUAACUCCCGGCCACCUUCCAGCUAUGGACCAUCCCCACAUGCCCAAGAUUCACACAGUAUGCAGUUUUUAAAUACAGGAAGCUUCAAUUUCCUGAGCAAUGCAGGAGCUGCCAACUGCCAAGGAGCAACAUUGCCUCCUAAUUCACCUAAUGGAUACUAUGGGAGCAACAUCAGCUACGCAGACACGCACAGACUCGGAUCAAUGGUGAAUCAACACGUUUCUGUCAUCAGCAGCGUUCGCUCACUGCCUCCCUACAGCGACAUCCACGACCCACUUAACAUUUUAGACGAUAGUAGUAGAAAACAGCCCAGCUCGUUUUAUGCAGACACAUCAUCUCCAGUUGCAUGUCGGACUCCAGUACUAGCUUCCAGCUUGCAAACCCCGAUACCUUCCUCCUCAUCCCAGUGUAUGUAUGGAACUUCCAGUCAGUAUCCAGCCCAAGAAAGCCUGGACUCCCAUGGAACAAGCAGUAGAGAAAUGUCCUCUUUACCACCCAUCAACACUGUGUUCAUGGGAACAGCAGCUGGAGGCACUUAAACCAGCAUUGUUGGGGAGGUUGAAACUUUAAAAAUCUCUGCUGUGCAAAUAUUAUUAUUCAUUCAGACUACCAUAAGAGUAAAGAAAAUGGAAUAUGCAAUGGCUGGACAUUAUUUUUCAAGUCACUUGUACUCUCGACAACUCCAUAGUGAAUGGAGAUACUUGCAGAGUUUGCCUUGCACACAAAUGGUUUAAAAUGUGAUCUCAUUAUUAAUCACAUUUUCAAAAAUUAUCAAAUGAAACCAGUGGAGAUUCGAAGAUGCAAACAUUUCAACUAUAAAGAUUUAAUAUUUCAUCUUCUAAUUUAUUAAAAAUUUGUGUGCCCUUCCAUCUUUGGUUUCUAAGAAAGAGAAAAGUAUAUUUAAUGCCUUUACAAUACCUUUAAUUUAUUAGGAUCUCAGAAUCAUUGUUUACUAUCCCUAUUUGACAAAAAGUCAAAUGUAUGUUCUACCUCCUAUGGAAAUGUUUACAAGGUCAAGAUUUAAUUCAAUUCAGCCUAGACCAAAGUUGCUUGAUUUUCAAUUCCUGUGCGUUAGUGUGAUGAUUUCUGUUACAUAGCCAUAUUGCAAUUCUAUGUAACUGAAUAGAGAUGAUAAAUGCUUUCCCCUCUUUAUUUAAAAAAGACAAAAAGAAAUAAAAGAAAUAAUGUAUGGAAAUA